AUGGUCAACUCGACACAGCCCUCUUCAAGUUCAAGACAGCGAACAGGCUCUCAAUCUGAAGUACAAGAAAACGAGGUCGACGCAGAUCCUCCCAGUCUGGACAGCGUGCGUAGUGUAGGGGAUGUUGGUAGCACCCAGGACGCGCAAAGAGGGAGAGCGGUAUCCUUGUCUUCCCAAAGAAGCUCUCCCAACCCCUCGCACGGCGAUGGCGAAAGCGCAACUCGCCUGUCACGGUCCGUCGAGGGCUCGCCACCAUCAAUCCCAAGCCUGCCUCCUCCAGCGCCACGCCCUGUUCCACCUGUUAUACAGGUCGUCGAGACGAUUGUAUACCCAAAUUCCGACUCUGAGGAGAUCAAAGGCGAGGUGGAACGCAGAGAGAAAGUUCCAGACGCAACACCGAUCAGCGGCUUGGAAGGGAUCCCGUCUUCUGGGUCCGGGUCCAACGAUGAUUGCCGCGUACAAGCAACUGCAGAUCGCCAAACGGUCCAGGUCGACGGGGUACUUUGCUUUGUCCCUGACGAGAAAGCCUUUGACCAUUUCUUUGAAUUGGAUACUGACGGGGGAAUCAACUCGACUUCGGCAAAUCCAAGUUCUUCGACUAUAUCGCUGCAAGACCAUCCGGAAGGUUCGGGUUCCGCCCCAGGAAACGAGAGCUACAGUUACGUUUCGGAAGAACAUCAAAAAUUCUGUGAGCUAUUCCAGCUACAGCCUUCAAUCACCCAGCAUAUCUCGAUUGUGAACUCGAUGAACACGACGACAACCUCCAUCCAAGGGUCAUUCAACAACAACUCACGCAUCGUCCAUGUCGGGAAAGUCGAACUCGAAGAGUACGACUUCACAUCAGAAGACUGUAUAGUAGAGGACGAUAUAGUAGAGGACGAUGAGAUGCCAGGACGGUACCAAGUGGAUGAGCUGUUAAAUUCCCCUGUUCCUACCAUUUCACCCUCAGAUGACCGUUACGCCUGGAUAAUCAUAGCAAGUACUUUCUUGUUUAUGUAUUCGAUAUCGUUUGGAAUAUGA